UUGAAUGUUUUUUCCUUAAUCAUAGCCUUCCCUACUUCAGUCUCACUAUAGCUGUCAUUGAAUAUUUUUUCCUUAAUCAUAGCCUUCCCUACUUCAGUCUCACUAUAGCUGUCAUUGAAUGUGUUUUCCUUAAUCAUAGCCUUCCCUACUUCAGUCUCACUAUAGCUGUCAUUGAAUGUUUUUUCCUUAAUCAUAGCCUUCCCUACUUCAGUCUCACUAUAGCUGUCAUUGAAUGUUUUUUCCUUAAUCAUAGCCUUCCCUACUUCAGUCUCACUAUAGCUGUCAUUGAAUGUUUUUUCCUUAAUCAUAGCCUUCCCUACUUGAGCCUCACUAUAGCUGUCAUUGAAUGUUUUUUCCUUAAUCAUAGCCUUCCCUACUUGAGUCUCACUAUAGCUGUCAUUGAAUGUUUUUUCCUUAAUCAUAGCCUUCCCUACUUGAGUCUCACUAUAGCUGUCAUUGAAUGUUUUUCCUUAAUCAUAGCCUUCCCUACUUGAGUCUCACUAUAGCUGUCAUUGAAUGUUUUUCCUUAAUCAUAGCCUUCCCUACUUCAGUCUCACUAUAGCUGUCAUUGAAUGUUUUUCCUUAAUCAUAGCCUUCCCUACUUGAGUCUCAAGGCCAGAUACCUGGGUUAUGGUUUGUGAAUCUCACAGAUAAAAAAGUAGAAUUAUAUUCUGACCUUUGAACCUUUCAGAUAAGCUGUCCUGUUUUCACCUAGGCUGUACAGUGAAAACACUGUUCAGGGGUGGCUGGGUAUAUUUUGUUUAGUCCUCACACUCUGGAGUAGGCGAACUUGUAUCUUGUGAGUGAACAUGCAACUGUUUGUUGAGGUACUGUUGACCUUAGUCAAGGUCAUCUGGCUCUGGCUCGUGGCCAUCUACAAGGCCGUCGUCCCUGUGAGGUUCCAGGUUCAAAAGGAUGUCAAAGGUCAAGUGGUUCUCAUUACUGGGGCAGGCAGUGGUCUGGGCCGUCUGAUGAGUCUGAGGUUUGCAGUUUUGGGGUGCAAGCUGGUCCUGUGGGACGUUGACGAGAGGGGGAACACUGAGACAGAGUCCCUGGUCAGGUCCAUGGGGGCAAAGGUCAAGGCCUACAGGGUGGACCUGUCCAAGAGGGAGGACAUCUACAAGGUGGCCGACCAGGUGAAAGCUGAUGUUGGUGAUGUUGACAUCCUAGUCAACAACGCUGGGAUUGUGACAGGCAAAAAUUUCCUGGACUGUCCCGAUGCGCUGUGUGAGAAGACAAUGCAGGUCAACAUUCACGCACAUUUUUGGACCACCAAAUGUUUCCUGCCCUCAAUGUUGACCAACAACCACGGCCAUAUAGUGACCAUCGCCAGCUCUGCAGGUCUGUUUGGUGUCAGUGGCCUCAGCGACUACUGUGCCAGCAAGUUUGCUGCUGUGGGAUUUGAUGAGUCACUCAGAAACGAGCUGUCCAAAUUGGGUAAAGAUGGCGUCAACACAACAGUUGUCUGCCCUUUCUACAUCAAUACAGGGAUGUUUGAGGGCGUCAAAACAAGAUUCCCCAACAUCCUGCCAAUCUUGAACCCUGAGGAAGUUGUUGACAGGAUAGUAAAUGCUGUUCUAACCAAUCAGGAGAUGCUGAUUAUACCAAGGGUUUCCUACUUAUUUUACUACAUGAAAGGGCUAGUACCAGUCAAAGUUCAGGAAACAAUGUCAAGGCUGUUUGGGGUCAACGACUCCAUGGACGAGUUUUUGGGGCGCUCUAAAGAGAAAUAAUUGGACAUUCAACACUUGGACCUAUAGAAUAUGGACCUAAAUUAUUUGCACCAACAUAACAACAUUGACAUUCAACACUUGGACCUAUAGAAUAUGGACCUAAAUUAUUUGUACCAACAUAACAUGGACAUUAAAUGCUUGGACCAAUAUAACAUGGACAAAAUAACUCAUAACAAUAUAACUUAGGUGUUAUGAAUUUAAUCGAAUGAUUGUGAGGGCAUGUGUGUUGUAAAAUAUUUGUGUGUAAAUAAAUGAUAAUGACGUUGUGUAAGAAAGGAUGUGAUGUUUUAGUGAAGUGUCAUUGUUGCCGGGGAAGAAGGGAUAGUUCAGUCAGUAUAGUGUUAUAGUUGCUAGGGAAGGAUAGUUCAGUCAGUAUAGUGUUAUUGAAGUCUAUGUCUAACCUUGUAAAAGUUGUCCCAGUCUAUCUAGUGGUUGUCAUGUGGCUGUUGGUGUAAUAAAAUUUUUAAUUAAACAAUGUGACCCUGUCAAGUAUUUUGUUUAUGUUGGUUUGUGGUAACUUGGGAAGCAGAACUCCUUUAGUAUCCAGAAAUGGAAGGGGGGGGGGGUGAGGAAAUUGUAGUGAAAUCCUCACCCUGCUAUUUUCUUCAAUCUAUUGGUCCGUGUAAAUGUUACAUUAAACUAAAUGGUAUUCCAUACUUUUUUCUUUACUUGAAUCUAAUGAUCACUGUAAAUGUAAUAUUAAACGAAAUGGUAUUCCAUACUAUUUUCUUUACUUGAAUCUAAUGAUCACUGUAAAUGUAAUAUUAAAUGAAAUGGUAUUCCAUACUAAGUUUCAUUACCUUGCUCUAUUGGUGAUAUAUUUUACCUGUUUGUUUAUUGCUCAUCACAUUAUUGUAUUGCCAUGAUUGUUUGUAAACAGUGACUGUUAUACUUAUAGCAUUUCUGGCAAUGUACAGGCAGUUAUUGUUAUUAUUUAUUACCAAGUGGAAUACACCUGAUCAGACUUUCAUUUCACAAAUUGUAUUUUUCAUCAUUAAGUCACUACAUCUAUAACUGUAUAUUUAUAGUGAAAAGUUUUACAACACUUAAAUUAAAUACAUAAAACAGACACCGUGUUUUAAUGUGUAAGUAAAAAAUGUAGGCCUACACAUCUAUUAAAUAAAACUAACAA